CGGUUUAUGAGGCACGGCUGGCGGCCGGGCAGGGCUCAGUGUGAGGCGAGCCGUCGAGCGGGUAGGUCGCUGGUGCGCCUCGUGCAGCCGUUAGCUCUCACCGCACCCCGCAGCCGGGACGAGACACCAUGGCUGAUCAACUGACAGAAGAGCAGAUCGCAGAAUUCAAAGAAGCUUUUUCACUAUUUGACAAGGAUGGUGAUGGUACUAUAACUACAAAGGAGUUGGGGACUGUGAUGAGAUCACUUGGUCAGAACCCCACAGAAGCAGAAUUACAGGAUAUGAUCAAUGAAGUAGACGCUGAUGGCAAUGGCACAAUUGACUUCCCAGAGUUUCUGACAAUGAUGGCAAGAAAAAUGAAAGAUACAGAUAGUGAAGAAGAAAUUAGAGAAGCGUUCCGUGUGUUUGACAAGGAUGGUAACGGUUACAUUAGUGCUGCAGAACUCCGUCAUGUGAUGACAAAUCUUGGGGAGAAGCUAACAGAUGAAGAAGUUGAUGAAAUGAUUAGGGAAGCAGACAUUGAUGGUGAUGGUCAAGUAAACUAUGAAGAGUUUGUACAAAUGAUGACAGCGAAGUGAAGACGUUGUACAGAAUGUGUUAAAUUUCUUGUACAAAAUUGUUUAUUUGCCUUUUCUCUGUUUGUAACUUAUCUGUAAAAGGUUUUUCCCUUACUGUCAAAAGAAUAUGCAUGUAUAGUAAUUAGAAGGCCAUUCCUCCAUGUUUUUCUCCUUUAUCUUACUGUCAUUGUUCUGAUUUUUGGAAAAUUGAUCUAAGUAACAAAUGUUGCAUGUGGCUUACUCUGGAUAUUUAAGCCCUUCUGCACAUCUAAUGUUAGAUGGAGUUGGUUCAACGAGGGAACAUCUGGAUUGUUUAAAAAUAGCUUUCUCUAGAAGACGUAGGUAUGACUAGUGUAACAAGUUACAUAAAGUAAGUUAGGUUUUACCAUGCAUUAGCAGUUCCUUAUUUAAAGCAAGAUGCUGACUCCAGUUUUCCAGUGCACAAGAGUUUAUUCCGCUUCUGCUAAUGGAGAUUAAAGAUUCCUACAGUUGACUGCAGGAUAAAACCACGUGGAUAGCAUAUGUGGCUAAUGCACUGUAGAAAGUAUUCUGACUUACUUCAUAGUAACUUGUUUGUGGCCAUACCUGUAACAUGUUGUUGAAAUGUGGAGUCUUAACAUUGUGGACGAUUGACAGUCAACAAUAUGAAUCUUAAAAGUUGCACUAAUGCAAAACGGGUGUAUUAUCCAGGUACUCGUACACAAUUUUUUUUGUACUGCUGGUCCUGUACCAGAAAACAUUUUCUCCUCUUGUUACUAUGCUUUUUAAACUUUGUUUAGCCACUUAUUUUCAAAAAAAAAAAAAAAUCUGCUUAUGGCACGAUUUGCCUCAAAUCCAUUCCAAGUUGUAUAUUUGUUUUCCAAUAAAAAAUUACAAUUUACCCAUA